GGAUUCUGGAAAAUUUUAAGUUGAGAGCAAGCAGUCCUGAGUGUCUCUCUAUCACUGGUAAGGGAAAAGAAAGGAGAGAGAUCAAAGAUGAGAAGAAAUGUCCAACAGUAGCCUUGUGACAGCAUUCAUCCUCACGGGUCUUCCCCAUUCUCCAGUGCUGGAUGCCCCCCUCUUUGGAAUCUUCCUGGUGGUUUAUGUGCUCACUGUGCUGGGGAACCUCCUCAUCCUGCUGGUGAUCAGGGUGGAUUCUCACCUCCACACCCCCAUGUACUACUUCCUCACCAACCUGUCCUUCAUUGACAUGUGGUUCUCUACUGUCACGGUGCCCAAAAUGCUGAUGACCUUGGUGUCCCCAAGUGGCAGGGCUAUCUCCUUCCACAGCUGUGUGGCCCAGCUCUAUUUCUUUCACUUCCUGGGGAGCACCGAGUGUUUCCUCUACACGGUCAUGUGCUAUGAUCGCUACCUGGCCAUCAGUUACCCGCUCAGGUACACCAGCAUGAUGAGUGGGAGCACGUGUGCCCUCCUGGCCACCGGCACUUGGCUCAGUGGCUCUCUGCACUCUGCUGUCCAGACCACAUUGACUUUCCAUUUACCGUACUGUGGACCUAACCAGAUCCAGCACUAUUUGUGUGACGCACCGCCCAUCCUGAAACUGGCCUGUGCAGACACCUCGGCCAUCGAGAUUGUCAUUUUUGUGACUGUUGGAAUAGUGGGCUCGGGCUGUUUCCUCCUGAUAGUGCUGUCCUACGUGUCCAUCGUCUGUUCCAUCCUGCGGAUCCGCACUUCAGAAGGAAGACGUAGAGCCUUUCAGACCUGUGCCUCCCACUGUAUCGUGGUCCUUUGCUUCUUUGGCCCUGGUCUUUUCAUUUACCUGAGACCGGGCUCCAGGAAAGCUGUGGAUGGAAUUGUGGCCGUUUUCUACACUGUGCUGACGCCACUUCUCAACCCUGUUGUGUAUACCCUGAGGAACAAGGAGGUGAACAAAGCCGUGUUGAAACUGAGAGACAAAGUAGCACAUUCUCAGAGUGAAUAAACACUAG